CCUGCUGUGAGAAGGGAGCUCCUUCACAAUGACCGCUGCAACGCGGGGUCACUGUAAGAUGAGACAUGCCAGGAGCAGACGGAGACAAGCUGGGUGGUGUGGCCAUGUGUCCCUUGUUUUGAUGAGCUGCAGGCUGUGUGUCUGACUGGGACACAUGCAGUUUGCAACCUGAGAGAGCGCAGUGUCCGGCCAACUCAGUGGCUGUGCGUCAACAGGAAUCCCAGAAAGUCUCCCCGGAGACAACCAGGAGAGAGAGAGAACAGGCACAGACUGCUCCUGGGGCUCUCUCCCUCUCCCUCUCCCUGUGUGUGUGCAGAGCGAUGGUCACACCUCUCCUUGCCUCAGCAUAAACCCUCUCCUCCAGGUUUCUAGACUUGACCCCAGGACAAGCUGAGAGAGAGACAGAGAGAGAAGGACGUUGUGGGCGCCAUGCAAAUGGAGGUGUUGGAGAGUGCCAAGCCUGUGAGGGGGAGAUGCCGGAGGUGGUGGCUGAGAGGGUUGCUGCUGCUCUUUGCCACAGCCACCCUGGCGCUGAGUAUUGUGCUGGCUCUCGUUGGGAGCCGAGUGAUCCAUCUGCAACAUGAGGAGCACUGCGUCAGCCCGGAGUGCACCGAGGCUGGUGUUCACAUGUUCAAGAAAAUCAACUGGUCAGCAGAUCCGUGUGAGAACUUCUUUGAGUUUGCUUGCGGACAGUGGAUAAAGGAGAACCCGAUCCCUGAAGACUACUCAAGCUACGGGACAUACUCGUGGGUUCGGCAAAGCGUCAACAUCAAACUGCGAGAGCUAUUGGAAAUCCCAACUGAUGAAGAAAAGGAAAUUGAAGUGGUGCAGAAGGCAAAACUGCUUUAUCAGUCAUGCAUGAAUGAGAGUGCUAUCGAUCGGGAAGAUUCCAAACCCUUGCUAAAGUUUCUGAAGCAGCCCCAUUUACACUGGCCUGUGCUCGAGACCAACAAUGGGCCUGAGGGUACCUGGAGGGAGGAGGACUUCAACCUGUUGGAGAUGUUAGCUUUCCUCCGUGGAAAAUACAACAGCGGUAUUUUCAUUCAAUUUUUUGUUGGAACUGAUGACAAAAACUCCAACGAGUACAUCCUCAAGCUGGAUCAAGGGUCAGUGUUUCUGCCGUCUGAGGAAGACUAUCUGACUAACAGCACUGAGGCAGAAAAGUCCAGGCAUGCCCUGCUGCAGCUGAUGAUUGAUAUCGCUGUCCUCCUCGGCGCUAACACCACCACGGCUCAGAUUGACAUGCAAUCCGUCAUGGAGUUCGAGACCAAGGUCGCAAAGAUUCUGAUUCCAUACAGUAACAGGACCAGUGAGGCUCUGUAUAAUAAACUCAGUGUUCUCAAGUUACAAGAAACCAUCCCACGGUUUGACUGGCUGCGUUAUUUGAAGCUGGUCAUCGAUACCGAUCUUUACCCUGAACUCUCACACAUCAACACCUCGGAAGAAGUCAUAGUCUACGUGCCGCAAUACUUCAAGGAUUUGUUCCAGCUGUUAGACACGGUGGAUAACAGAACAAUCGCCAACUAUGUUGUCUGGAGGAUUGUAUACCGGAGGAUCACCAACCUCAGUCAACGUUUCCUGACCCGCCGUCUGGAAUUUUUAAAGGUGAUAACAGGGGCGACAUCGCUGUCUCCACGUUGGGACAAGUGUGUGGACUUUGUUGAGUAUGUCCUACCUGAUGCCGUUGGCAGGAUGUUUGUUGAAGCACAUUUUCAGGAGGACAAGAAACAGCUGACUGAAGACUUGGUCGCUGGCAUUCGCUGGGCAUUUGUGGACAUGCUGGAAAAAGAAAAUGACUGGAUGGAUCCAGAAACCAAGACCAAAGCCAAAGAGAAGGCACAUGGCGUUCUUGCCAAAAUAGGAUACCCAGACUUCAUACUGAAUGAUACCAUCAUCAACGCCAACUUCAGAAAUCUGACUGUCUCACACACCGAGUACUUCGACAACAUCCUGCGGUCCCUUCAGUUCUUCUCUCAGACGGAUUUCGCCUACUUGAGGAGCCGUGUUUCAAAGACAGAAUGGUACACAAGUCCCACCAUAGUUAAUGCCUUCUACUCCUCAACCACUAACCAGAUCAGAUUCCCAGCAGGAGAGCUUCAGAAACCGUUUUUCUGGGGAGGACAAUAUCCAAUGUCUAUCAGUUAUGGUGCGAUCGGAGUCAUUGUAGGCCAUGAAUUUUCGCAUGCAUUCGAUGACGACGGUCGAAAAUAUGACAAAAAUGGAAAUCUACACCAGUGGUGGAGCAAUGCAUCCAUUUCAAAUUUCAAUGACAAAACAGAGUGUAUGAUUAAACAGUACGAUGAGUAUUACUGGCCAACAGCUGGCUUGCAGGUAAAUGGACAGAGAACUCUGGGAGAGAACAUUGCUGACAACGCUGGGCUACGCCAGGCUUUCAGGGCGUAUAGGAAAUGGAUAAGAGAGGAGAAAGGAAACAAGGAGGAGCCACUAUUGCCAGGUCUCCCGCUCAGCAACAACCAGCUCUUCUUUUUAAGUUAUGCUCACGUUCGAUGUAACGCCUAUCGACCAGCAGCAGCGAGGAAUAAAAUUCUGAAUGGCGCUCACAGUCCCUCUGAGUUCAGGGUCAUGGGGUCAAUGAGUAACUUUGAAGAAUUCAGCAAAGCUUAUAGCUGUCCCACAACAUCAGCUAUGAAUCGCGGAGAGAAAUCUUGCCGAGUGUGGUAGGGACUGCUCGGGCGUUGCUUACAUCACCCUAACUUUGGCUUCACAUCUUGCUUGUUAAAACAGCCGACCUAAAGAAGUGGGCACCAACUCUGUGUUCAGUCAGAUUCAUAAUUUUGGUUUAUUUACAUUGGAACCCACUUUGGCCAACCCUCUGUUCCUUGCUAGCGCCAGCCUCCCAUUUUUAUUGCUUUCCAGGGGUUUGGAAAACAGCCGAUUUUUUUUUCAAAGCUUGAACUGACUCAGACUAGUUGCAGCUCAUCAGCGAGCCUCUCACCACCAUCAUUUGCCUUUCAAUGGUGUGACCAUCAAGGAACCUCCCCCCCUGACAACUGAGCAUCCUGACCCAAACCUGAACUGGAGCAGCUCUAUAAAUGGUGACUACAAACAAAGGUCAAAGGCUGGGAAUUCUGUAACAAACAACUUCCCUCCUGUCUAUGAUACAAGUCCAGAAUGGAUCGGUGUACUCCCAACUUGAUUUUAGUGCCAACAACGUCAGAAACCCACUUGACUGACACCCUUAAACAACCCUCUGCCACCAGUGUACCGUCUACAAGAUGCACUCCAGAAAUUCACCAUGGUUCUUUCAACAGGACCUGCAGAACCCUGACCUCUACCACACCGAGAAGAACAAGAGCAGAUGGAUGAGAACACCACUAUUUGCAAGUUCCUCUCCAGCCACAACGCACCCUGACUUGGAAAUAGAGCAUAGAACAGUCCAGGCCCUUCGGCCCACAAUGUUGGGCCGAGUAUUUAUCUUCGGCUGAGAACAGCCUAACCUACACACCGAUGUCAUCAUUUGUUCACCGUCUCAGGCAAAAUUGUGGAUCUUGCUUCUGCAGAUCCCUCACCCUAACCACCAAGGAUUGCAGUGGCUUGAGAUGCCAGCUCACCACCACCUUGGGGGCACAAGGGAUGGGUGCAACCCAAGAACAAAGAACAGGUACCAGCAGUGGAGUGCGGUGGCCGUUUCAAUCAGCUGAGCUCAGCAGUUAUCCAUAUCCUACACAGACAGGAAGUACCAACAAACACUGAUAACCAUGCUCACUGAGGUGUCUUGCGCUGAACGAGCAGUAUUGCACUCCUUGUGUUCCUCCUCAUGAACCUUUCCUUGUGUGUACACCAAAGAGAUGAGCAUUUCUAACCAGCAUUAGAAACAGAGAAUGAAGUUCCUUUUAGUCUAACCAGGCCCCAUGUGUCACCUGUUGCAAUGUAACACCCCGUGGCCCCUGAAAUGGAAUCACUUUUGAGCUGAUGCACUCAGCCAGUCAUCAUGUGGCUAUUUAAAGGCAAACGUAGGGAGGGAGUCAUGUUCUGGCCCUGGAAUGUGCCUCAUCAUAUUACACAGUCAAGUUUACUUGGCAUUGCCUUCUCCAUCUCUACAGUAUUUCGUAUGGCUGGCUAAUAACCACGGCCACUGAAACAGACAUUGGGAACAGAACAGUUAAACAUUUUGGCCCUAAUAGUAUGGGUAUUCUCUUGGGAGUGUUCACUGUCUGUUUGACCAAACGCAAUCAGCAGGGUCAAUUUUCAUAACUCUUAAAUGAGCUGUCAAGCCUUGAUUGAUGAGUACUGACUGGGGAAACAUGCAAGUACUGAUAGAUCUGCCAACAGUUUUGGAUUGCUUCACGUGGCAGAAAACAGACUAGCACAGAGAACAUCCAAAGCCUCUCAACUAUUGUUGCUCAAUGGAGUUGAUUGGUAAUUCUACACAGACUGUACAAAACCCGAUUCCAAGCAAGUAGGUCAGGGCUAAGGUAGAAACUGCUCUCCCUCUUGGGUACAAGUUCCUGCCAGGAGGAUUAAAGUGCUUUGAUAUUUCGGCAAGUUAUGUAGUUGUUAGCUAUGCCUGUUUGUGGUGGAUUCCAAAAGGGAAAACAAAUCUUUUGUUGAAAUGUAUAAUAAACUGUUUCUAUGACCGAGUUAAUGAAAACCUAUCAAAGUCCCAAAAGUAGUGUUUUUAUUCCUCACGUGUACUGGAUCAUGUAGCAUGUUCAGAGAUCAGAUAAAUAAUUUCAAAGAUAUCAAAACAGCUCGUCAAUUUACUUCAAAUAAUUAAAACAGUAAAAUCUGUUAGUCUCCUGAUUCCCUAAAACGCUGAUAAAAAUAUUCCAUGAUUCACAUGAAAGCCACAUGGUAAAUGCAUACCACCCAGACAAACAGUGUAUUCCACUAACAAUGCCAGGUCUCAACUGAGCACCACCUGUGACACAGAGCAUUUCAAUAAAACCGAUCACACCUAUAGUUUCAGAAAGUCUCAAACAUUGGUGAAAUGAACACAAUGUUUAAUGCUUUCUCGCCAAGGCAGUGUUAUUCAACAGACUAGCCUCAGGUGAAGCUCCUGUGAUAUUACAGCACUCAAUUUUCAUAGUACAUUUGGCUGGAAUGUUUUCUAACAGGUGUGUUUAUAUAAAUAUCUGCCGCCAAGAUGCUUCAAAUGACAGAUUCUUGGUUUUCCUUGAAGCCAGCAAUAAUGAGAAUAACUGAAUCGGUGAAUUGUCAAGGUUGAUGGAGUUGCUCUCUACCCAGACACCACCCCACCCUAUCUCCACAACUGUCCAGAUCUAAUCCUUGUCUCUGUUAGAAAUGACUUGGGUGCGAGCUACAUAUUCACUCCAUUAUUCUGUAAAACCAUUUCAUCUUUCUGUCAUGUCUAUCCUCUGAGCUGCUGUGAAGUCAGUGUCCUCCUGGGGAAUUGGGGAUUUGGUGGAACAGUCAACAAUUCCCUCAGUAGGAGAUUGACCCACAUUGACCCUCCUGACCCCAGAGGCCUAGCCCUCUGGUCAUCUCCUACCUGCCACCUUCAGCAGCAGCUCUCAUCCUCAAAACACACUCCCCAGAACAACCAACACAAAAACAGAUGAACUACAACUGAAGAUAAAUGUGUUACAAUUAUUAAAAAAAAGGUACAAAAAAAAAUCACAGGCGACUACUGUUUUAUCACUAGAAAUAUUUCAGAUUAAGAAAAAUUUAUUAGCUAGAAGUUGUAUAAAUGUUAUGCCAAUAAAAACACAACACAU